AUGAUGAUACUUGUUUUCAGGAACUCCAUAGAACAGUCGAUAAUCCCAGGUUUGCCUGAUGAUUUGGCAUUGAGAUGCCUAGCGAAGCUCUCUCACGGUUAUCAUGGAGUGAUCGAGUGUGUUUCUAGAGGGUGGAGAGAGUUAGUUCGCAGCGUUGAUUACUCGUGCUACAAAGCUAGAAACGGAUGGUCAGGGAGCUGGUUGUUUGUUCUGACGGAGCGUUCUAAGAACCAAUGGGUCGCUUAUGAUCCUGAAGCUGACAGGUGGCAUCCAUUGCCUAGAACUAGAGCUGUUCAAGAUGGCUGGCACCAUUCUGGCUUUGCCUGUGUUUGUGUUUCGAAUUGUCUUCUUGUGAUCGGGGGUUGCUAUGCGCCCUCGGUGUCGUCGUUUCCUCAUCAGAAGCCUGUCGUCACUAAAGACGUCAUGCGGUUUGAUCCGUUUAAGAAAGAGUGGAAGAUGGUUGCUAGUAUGCGAACGCCACGGACUCACUUUGCUUGUACUGCUGUCUCUGGCAAGGUUUAUGUUGCUGGAGGUCGCAAUUUGACUCAUUCCAGAGGGAUUCCUUCUGCUGAGGUUUAUGAUCCUGUGGCUGAUAGGUGGGAGGAAUUACCAGCGAUGCCUAGACCACAGAUGGACUGCUCAGGGUUAUCGUACAGAGGGAGCUUUCAUGUUCUGAGUGAUCAGGUGGGAUUUGCGGAGCAAAAUUCAUCUGAAGUUUAUAAUCCGUUAGACAUGUCUUGGUCCACUGUGGAGGAUAUCUGGCCUUUCUCUAGAGCUAUGCAGUUUGCUGUUCAGGUGAUGAGAAAUGACCGAGUGUAUACGAUUGUAGAUUGGGGGGAAAGCUUGAUCAAGACUAGGGAUACUGAUGAAGGAGAAUGGUACAAUGUUGGUUCGGUUCCUUCGGUUGUGCUUCCUAAUCAUCCGAGGGAGCUAGAGGCCUUUGGUUACGGGUUUGCAGCUCUGAGGGAUGAGCUUUAUGUUAUUGGAGGGAAGGUUCUUAAGUGGGAAGAAUCAGGUGCGGGAAGAUUUGACAUUGUGAGAUUGCCUGUUGUGAGGGUGUGUAACCCAUUGGAUAGGCCUUUGAACUGGAGAGAGACCAAACCAAUGUGCAUUCCAGCUGGUGGGUCCAUUAUUGGCUGUGUAUCAUUGGAAGAAGCUUCUUCACUUUAA